GCCAAACCUGCAGAUUUAGAAAAGGCAAUUUUAUGCGCUGUUGAUGCAGGUUAUCGACAUAUUGACUGUUCCCCAAUAUUUGGAAAUGAGGAUGCAGUUGGUAUUGCUUUGCAGAUGAAAUUUGCUUAUGGCUCUGUAAAAAGAGAAGAUAUGUUCAUUACCUCCAAGCUAUGGAAUGACUGUCACGGAAAAGGAAAAGUAAGAUCAGCAUGCGAAGAGAGCUUAAAGAAAUUGAAGUUGAAGUUUCUCGAUCUUUAUCUUAUUCAGUGGCCGACUGCACUUCAGGUGCAAACAAACACAAAUGUUUCCGCUGCCAAUUCCAGCGAUCUGAUUUUUGAAGAUACCCCAAUUGAGGAAACAUGGAAGGAAAUGGAGAAACUAGUUGAUGCAGGACUUGUCAAGUCAAUCGGUCUAAGUAACUUUAACGAGACACAAAUCGAACGGGUGCUGAAAAUCUGUACAAUCAAGCCGGUGAUGCUGCAGAUCGAAAGUUCAGCAAAUUUUCUCAAUGAACGUCUCAUUGAAUUUGCUCAUUCCUAUGGUAUUCAGGUGACGGCUUAUGCGCCCCUAGGAUCGCCCGGGAUGAUGCAGCGUGUUGAGGGUCCUAGCCACGGCUGGAAGAUAGAGAGUUUCAAAAACUUCCCGAUCGACGAGACCCUCGGAAAACGUGGUCAAUCGGUAUAUGCAAGGGCAAACUGUAGUUGA